AUGUUCAGUGUAAACGCGAAGGAGAAGGUCGGCAUACGGAUGCUGAGCUGCUUGAAUGUAGGUCUCAUGCGUCUCGUUGAGCUGGACGCCACGAUUGACGGCGUGGACAUCAACAAGAUCAGGCUGCACGACUUGCGUUCCUACAUCGCUAUAACCCCGCAAGAUACCGUGCUGUUCUUGGGCACGGUGCGUUCAAAUUUGGACCCGUUCUGCCAUUUCUUGGACGACCAGAACGUCUGUAAAGCGUCCGUUGCUGUAGAAGGCCAUUACCUCGCUGCACGAUUCCGUGAACGAGAAGGGCUCAAAUUUCACUGUGAGUGA